CGACACUUUUUCUCCGGCGCUACAACGUGACCUAUUGGAUACAAACCACCGGAAUUUCCCUUUAACUUGCUUAAAUAAAGGCAAAACAAAUAAUAACGUCAAUGUUGUUUUUGAAAACCAAGAAAAAACAAAACCAGCAAAGGAGUGAAGUCCAAUUUCCUCCAUUUCCGACUUGGACAAAAGAAGAUCUACACAAAAAUAAAGAAUGCCCCUCCCGAAAUAUUUAGCAAGCACUUUUUAAAAAAUGUAUUGAGUUCAACAAGACUUACCGGUAGACAAUUUUGCUAUCAGGCUAACAAUUAUCAUUAUUCAUUUUUUUUUGUGAGCUCCCAAAACUUUGAGCGCAGGCUUUUAGGGCUUUGGGCUCAACAUUUUUUUUUUUUUUUUCAAUUUCGCGGUGACGAUUACGACCGGUGUAGGUGUACAAGGUCGAGCUUUAUUCAACUCGUAGCUCAUGCGGAUUUCGUGGUGAAUCUUACGUACACGGCCGCACACCACAAAUCAUGCGAAUUCUGAACAUUUCCAAACGUAGCCUGCGUGGAAGAUUUUUGUCGCGGCAGGCGUGAUGUCUAGCGCAGCGGCAAAUGUUGAUUUUAGAUUAGCAAAAUACUUUCAUUUCUGGUAAAGGAAACAAGUAUAUUAUUCAUAUUGCGCAAUGGGAGAACCACCAACUUUGUGUUUUUUCCCUCCGUUAUUUUGACAUAUAAUUUGCUUUAUGUUAUAAGGAUUUUUUUUGCUCUCUAUAAGGAUUUUUUUUGCUAGUUUAUGUAUGUUUCUUCUCUGCGCGCCUUACGCGGCUCAGAUUUUCCGCGUCCAGCCUUGCGAGCGCCGUCCACGCGCAUUUUAGCGGAUCUCGUCGGCUCGAGGAGGUCGCCGGCGCUGAGGUCGGCGUUGUCACGUUGGGAAAUUCCGUAAUUGCUUUUCAUCUGCGCGGCUCCUGUCACGAGAGCCGAACGGUGGACAUCUGAGCUGCAUUCUUCAUCCGUUCAGAUUGGGAUCAAGCUCCGAGGCGGCCCUCGUGGCCGGGAUGCCACUGCGUGCCGUGCCAGUCGGUGGCGGACGGUGAGGCCCAGGAGGAGGGGGCCGAGUCCAGGAGGCUGAGGGGCGGCGGCGGCGCGCACCAGGCCGGGGACAUGAACCUCUGCUGGAAUGAGAUCAAACGCAAGUCGCACAACAUCCGCGUGCGGAUCGAGGCCAUCUCCGACAACAGCGGCAAGCUGCAGCUCUCCCUGCAGGAGAUCAUCGAAUGGCUGACGGCGAAGGACGAGGAGCUGUCCGAGCAGCUGCCCAUAGGAGGCGACGCGGGGGCCGUGCAGCACCAGAGGGACUUCCACCAGGCUUUCAUGGAGGAUGUCAAGUCUCGAGGGCCGUUCAUCUACUCGGUCUUGGAGUCGGCCCAGUCCUUCCUGGCUCAGCAUCCGUUCCAGGAACCAGAAGAGACCGUGGCAGAGGGCAAAGAAGUAUCACCCCACCGGCGGAUCCUGAACGUGAGCCGCUCGGUGUGGAAGCAGGCCAACGUGACGAGCGACCUGUGGGCGAAGCUGAUGGCUCGCUGUGUGGACCGGCACAGACACAUGGAGAGGACUUUGGAGCAUCUCCUCCAGAUUCAGGCCGUGAUGGAGGAGCUGGCGAUAGCUCUUGAGCAGGCUGAAGGGGUGCGAGAUGCCUGGGAGCCCGUCGGAGACCUCUUCAUCGACUCCCUGCAGGACCACAUAGACGCCACCAAGCUUUUUAAGCAGGAACUGACGCAGGUGAAGGAAGGAAUGAAGCACAUCAACGACCUGGCCCACCAGCUCGCCAUUUCCGACGUCCAUCUGUCCAUGGAGAACGCUCGCGCCCUGGAGCACCUCAACAACAGGUGGAAAGUGCUGCAGGCUUCCAUUGAGGAGAGGCUCAAGCAGCUCCAGGACGCACACCGAGAUUUUGGCCCGGGAUCGCAGCACUUUCUAUCGAGUUCAGUGCAGAUUCCAUGGGAGCGUGCCAUCUCCCCUAACAAAGUGCCGUACUACAUCAACCAUCAGGCGCAGACCACAUGCUGGGACCACCCAAAGAUGACAGAACUCUACCAAGCACUUGCGGAUUUGAACAACAUCAAGUUCUCGGCGUACAGAACGGCCAUGAAGCUGCGGCGGGUUCAGAAGGCCCUGAGACUGGAUUUAGUGGCGCUGAGCAACCUCACGGAGGUGUUCCGGGGGCAGGAAUUCCUCGAAGCGGAGCACGUGAUGGACGUGGUGGAGAUCAUCCACGGCCUGACGGCGCUCUACGAGAAGCUGGAGGAGGAGAGGACCGUCCUGGUCAACGUUCCGCUCUGCGUGGACAUGUGUCUCAACUGGCUGCUUAACGUCUACGACAGCGCUCGCAACGGCAAGAUGCGCGUGCUGAGCUUCAAGAUGGGCCUGGCGAGCUUGUGCAACGCGGACGUCCAGGAGAAGUACAAAUACUUAUUCCGGCAAGUGUCCGGCGCCGGCGGUCUGACGGACCAGCGUCACCUCAGCCUGCUGCUCCACGAGGCCGUCCAAAUCCCGCGGCAGUUGGGCGAAGUGGCCGCUUUCGGGGGCAGCAACGUGGAGCCCAGCGUCCGCAGCUGCUUUCGUAUGGCCUCGGGAAAACCUGCCAUUGAGGUAUCUCAUUUCCUCGAGUGGAUGAGCCUGGAGCCCCAGUCCAUGGUCUGGCUGCCCGUGCUCCACCGGGUGACCGCCGCCGAGUCCACCAAUCAUCAGGCCAAAUGUUACAUCUGCAAACAAUUUCCCAUCAAGGGCUUCAGGUAUCGCAGUUUAAAGCAGUUCAACGUGGACAUCUGCCAGACGUGUUUUCUGACCGGACGCACGACGAAGGGCAAAAAGCUGCACUACCCCAUCAUGGAGUACUACACCCCGACGACUUCGGGCGAGAAGAUGAGGGACUUUGCCAAGACUCUGAAGAACAAGUUCAGAUCAAAGCAGUACUUCACCAAACACCCGCAGAGAGGUUACCUGCCCGUUCAGUCGGUGCUGGAGGCUGACAGCUCGGAGACGCCGUGCUCUUCCCCGAAGCUGCCCCACGCGGACACGCACAGCAGGAUCGAGCAUUACGCCAGCAGAUUGGCGGAGAUGGAGAACCAGAAUUGUUCCUUCUUCACAGACAGCCUCUCCCCUGAUGAAAGUCUAGAUGAAGAUCAAUACCUCCUGCGUCACCCCAGCCCAGCCCUGGACCACGACUCCCCCUGUGGGCAGCACCUGCUGCUGGCCCACCUGGAGCACCAGGACAAGGAGCAACUCCAGUGCACCCUGGCCCGCCUGGAGAAUGAAAACAGGGUGCUACAGAGCGAGUACAGGCGCCUCAAGUGGAAACACGAGGAGGCGGCGUCGCUCCCCAUGCUGACCGAAGCCGGCGAGGGCGGCCCGGGCUCACCGGUGUCGGGGGGCCCGCGGGACGAGGAGCUCCUGGCCGAGGCGCGGGUCCUCCGCCAGCACAAGACGCGCCUGGAGACCCGCAUGCAGAUCUUGGAGGACCACAACAAGCAGCUGGAAUCGCAGCUGCGCAGGCUCAGAGAGUUGCUGCUUCAGCCCAAAGAAGAUUCGGAGGCCAACGGUUCAGAACCGUCGACCUUGUCCUCGCCGGUGUCUGGAGGGGGUCACCACGGGGGGGCGGUCAGCAGAGACACGACCGACACGGAAGCGGCAGAGAUCUUUCUUGUUUCACACGCUGCGUCAGGCGACGACUUGGACCACGAGCAGGACACGGUGCUGCAGCUCCAGGAGGUCAUCGAGCAGCUGAGGAACGUUUUUCCGUCCGAACCGGGCCCCACGUCGCACAUCUGAACCCGGCCGAAGAGGACGCCCGCGCGGCGGCGCCGCCGAACUCCGCCCGGCCCAGUUCGGGUCACGUGACGGCAGCGCAACCCUUAACUGGAACUCUGUGCACUAAACGAGCCUCCUUCUCACGCAAAGCGCAUCGGCCCGACGAUGUCCGUCGGGCUCGAGCGGGGUCGGCCGAGCUCCCCCGGCGGGCGGACGCCGAGUCGGCCCGGCCAAAGGUAAACGAGCGUCACGGGGGAUGUGAGACGAGUGAAGGUUGACACUGCGUGUGUGUGUGUGUCUUGUUUGAAGGUGUGAAGCUUUAGAACCGGCGGUUCUCAAACUGGGGUCCUUCCACCCCCCGGGGGUCUGCAAAAAUAAAUUGCAGCUGAUUAUUACGCGGUACCAUUUUUUUUUUUUUUUAAAAAGUGCUCCGAGCACAUUGGAACAUAUUGCAUAAACAUGACAUACCUGCGUGAGUCAACAUUUUUGUUUUUUUAAAAUCAGAGUACAGUAACAGAUGUGAACACGAGAAUAAAGUUAUGAAAUUCGGUUGACGUUAAACUGACUUGGAAUAUUACGACUUUAUCUUCGAAAAUUCCAUCUUUACCACUUUUUAUCCUGAUAAAAUACAUUUUUGAAACUUUUGUUUAACAUCUGAUUUAAAUUCUAUGUGUAAUUUUAUGUAUUUAUUUUUUUUUUAUUUAGCCUUGUUAACAUUCAAAUUCAAAUCUGUACCGUAAUUUCCGGCCUACAAGCCGUGACUUUUUUGACACACUUUCAACCCUGCGGUUUAUGUGGCGCUAGCAUUAGCGCCGCGCGGUUAUAAGCUACGGUACACAGAAAGGGUUUGAAGACGCUUGCGCCGGGCUAACGCUUGCACAGCGGUAACGCUAGCCCCACGCUAAUGCUAGCGCUGCGCUAGCGUUAAGCUGUUUCUGUGUACCGAGAUUUAUAACCAGGUGCGCUCUGUAGGCCUGGAAUUACGGUAGUUGUUUUGUUAUAUUAGUUACGUAAACAGAUUUGUUUGAGCGUGCCAUUAGAACAAUUGGUUAGUGUAAAAAUUCAGAAUUUUAUUCUUGAGAAAAUUCUAUUUUAUCCUCGGAAAGAUUUGGAUUUUGUUUUUCUUUUGCGACAUUACCACUGUAUUCUUCUAAAGAGCUCAACAUUUUUUUCUUGCGUAAAUAUGACUUUUUUCUUCUUAACAAAAUCUUUUUUUUUUCUGAUAAGUAUUCUGUCUUUUUUCUUAUAAAAAUGACAAAUUUUCUCUUUCCAUCACAAAAAUACAACUUUAUUCUCGGAAAGAUCUUGACAUUUUUUCUUGAGAAAAUACAACUUUAUUCACGUGUAGAUUCCAUUUUUUUUUUCUUGCAAACUUUAUUCUCGUCAAGCUUCUGACUUUUUGUCCUAAAAAGAUUUGAUUUUUAUUGCGAAGCCUGUAUCUUUUUUUUUUUUUUUCCCCCUUGAGAAAAUCCCCUAAAAUGGGCCACUUUUCGAACGCAUUUCUAACAGUAUUCGGAUGUGGUCUCUUUGGGCCCUUGGAAGAACUUCUCCCCCCGUCAGGGGUCCCUGGACCCAAAAGGUUUGAGAACUCCCGCUUUCUCCAUGCGUCCCAAGGCAACAAAUCUCUGCACUCGUGUUAAGAGAUGCAAAAAGCGAGGCUGUCGUUGUUUUUGUGCGCCCGCCAGCAGCUUCCAGUAUUUACGCUGCAAGAGCGACGCGUCAUCACUUCAGCGCGUGAUUUAUUUAUGUAAGAGAGCCAAAGUGCCCGCGAGCCCGGCAGUCGCUCGUCCGUGUCAUUCCUGCCGUUGCGUCGGCACAUUCCUCGAUCGACGCCGAGGCGCAAAUGACAUCAAAUGUGUUCGAAUGGCAAGAAUGGAUUCACGCUCGGGGACGGCACGGUGGAUAAGGUGGAAAGCGUUGGCCUCACAGUUCAAUCCCAGACCUGCCAGUUCAGGGUGUACCCAUCUUCUUGCCCAAUGACAGCUGGGAUAGGCUCCAGCACUCCCUGCGACCCUUGUGAGGAUAAGUGGCGAAGAAAACGGAUGGAUUCACUUUGCCUCCUGAUACAAUGGAGUCACUUUUCCCACAAAGGUGGAACUAAGUCACAUAUUUUUAGCCCAAGACAUUUUUUUAACGAAUCGGAAGUCCAGUCACUUCGAUCGCUAUGACUUUGACGAUCGGGAAUUUACACGAAGCGUUUCUAGCAACAAAAUUGGUAUUUUGUUUUUAUUCAUAUUCUAUCAGUAGGUUCAAAAUGACGGCUAUUAGGCUAACGACAUGAGCGGGGCUAAAGUUGUAGUCCUGCGUUACGGUUGGCAAAAAUCAAGCAGGUCAAUCGAAGUCCCCAAUAAAUUUGUCCUUAUUUGGAUGAAGCAAUUUUUAAAGUGACAAUCGAGAUUAGUCAUAUUACAUAUUUGCAUACACGUCGGACUCACGCGUGCCACUCUGUACUCAUUCCCAAUCAGCCUUCAUAUUAGUUAGUCUAUUACUUGAUUAAAAGUAAGUUUCUUUCGGCUUGUCCCGUUGGGCAUCGCCGCAGCGUGACAUCUCAGAUGAACGCACGUAUUUCUUUGGCAUGGCCAGCGAGAUACGAACUCACGACCCCUGGUUCACCAAGCCAAUGUUUGAUUAUCAAUUAUAAUUAUUAUUAAUAGUUUCCUCCACUGAAUGCACAGCCGAAGUGAAGCUUAGCUAAUGAGCUCAACUAAGCUCAAGUGAACUUCGCUGUCUUCUUGGUUUAGUGACUGAUGAAGUCAGACGUGCGAGUUGCGUCUCCUCCCAUUGAAACGCAAACGUUGCAUCUUUUUUUUUUUUUUUUAUAUGAUUAUAUUCAACACAUUAUCCUCAAAUCCAAGCAUCUUCAGAGCAUGACACAGUGGUGCCUUGAGAUACGAGUGAGCCGACGAAAGGAGUUUUUCCCGAGAUGCAAAGCCGUCGUCCGGCUGAUUGUUUUGCUUUGGCUUGCGAGUCCGAAAGAAUUUAGAUGAACUCGGCUAACGGGACAACGACAAGCAGCAGUUUGCCAGGUCGUGACGAGUUCUUCAAAAUUGAAGCUUGGAGCUCUUCGAUGCCGCUAUCUGUUGGCAAACGAAAAACAAAAGACACUUACACGCUGAAUAUCUAAAAACAAUCACAUAACGUUGCCUUAAAGUCCGCAAACUUAACGCUAACACAUAAUGGGAAGUGCCAUAGACUGGCUAACGAAUAGCACUGGUGUCCGUGGUAUACAAUAAGCCGCAAACCGUCUAUUUAUUGUAUAUACGCCCAAUGCUAUUAUUUUUGAAAUCUUGAAGACAAGACAGGGAAAAAAAAAAUGAAACCCUCGCUCUUCUCUUGUUGCCAGGGGCGAUGCGCUUUGAUAGGGCCGUCACAACACAAUCGACUGACGCAAAGAUGCAGUUCGGUCCCUUGGAAACCGACCUGUGACAUUGGGUUUCGCUCUCCUUUGACAUCGCCAUGUUCGUUGUGAUGAGGUUGCCAGGCAACAGUCCAGAAGGACGCCACUGCAGGGCGGGGGGGGGGGGGGGUGACGGCCUCCUUAUAAGUGCAAAUGGACCCGAAGGGGGAUGCGCUAAAAGACGGCUCGCUUGACCUUCCGUGCCUGCGGCGCUUUAGCCACGAGGAUCACCGUCAUCGUCGUUUGUUACAUAUGUUGGCUUAUGUUUGCUCGCAUAAUUUGAUACGCCAAUCCUCAUGACAUAAUCAAUUCCUACAAAAGAUUUUCCAGAAGUCCAAACUACAGCGCACUGACCCAAGAAUUUGAGAACCGCUGUUAAAGGUGUAAAUGUAUUUUAUCUGUCUAUCAUACAAAUGUAGCUAAAAUUUCAUUUAAAAAAUUCUCAACACCACAGAAGUUAAAUGAAUUAGCGUCAAAGUCAGUCUCGAGGUUUUGUUCGGAAUGUCAUUUAGGUUCAGCAAGUUCGGUAACUCCCCGGAAUGUGACGUCACAUCAAGACAACAUUUAGCCAGAGGGUGACGACGCUAGCAAAGAUGCUGAGGAAGUGGGUUGCGUACGGCUGUUCUGCGUCAAACGGUGACGGAGUCAACGUACAUGAACGGCCGAAACGUGAACGGCUAGGCAGGUUAUGGACCGGGUUUGCGAAGACCAAGCGGGCGCACCGGACUUACAACUCAAAGUGGACAGUAAUAUGUUCACGGAGGACUGCUUUGAAAACCCGGUACAGCGUUCACUUGGCUUCGCUAGCAAGGACGUACGUACGCGGUGUUGAAUUGUUUAGUAUUGACAAGUAUCCAUCUUGUUUUAAAUGUAAGAUAUAUAUGUCAGCUAAUAUCCGUAGCCAUCUGAUGUUUAGGAAGUGACGAAAUUUGGACACUGUAUAAAGUUUGUGUACGGUCGACGCUGAGGUCUUGCUGAAAUUUGACUACGGCGGCGUGUGCUCUCAAGUGCAAUAUUUCAAAUACGGGCUAAAUCUUUAAACGCAGAACCACAAGAUUUGGAUUUUUGUGUCACGCCGACUCCGUCGCUAGUACAAAAAAAAACGACUCACUGUUGUGUGCAAGCAGCGUCAGACUUUUAAACGUGUUUUAAACGAGAUUAUUUCGUACGUAGAUUCCUUGAGGCGCCGACCGGUCUGUGUUUUGGGUGCAAAGUUUUUCAAACACGGGAAGAAUAAGGAAAUUCCUCCUUCCACAGAGCAUUCCAUAAAAACUUUUUCGUCACUGCUGUCUUAUCUCCGCGAGAUCCCACUCGCAGCGUGUAUGAUGGUCUGUAUCGGAAGCCAUUUUGUUUCCUGGGGUUGUCUUGGCGUGACGUCACACGGAAGCAACUUCAACAGAGCCUCGGUUUGAAACAGACAUCGGAGGGAUUCGCAUUACAAAGAAAAUGUGCACGUCGGCGCUAAUUUCUUUCAUUUCUGUUGUGUGGAGAAUUUUUAAAAAAUAUUUUUUAAUGAAAAAUGAGCUAUGUUUGUGUCACUUAUAAACGAAAUAUAGAUCCUCCGGAUUAGACCUUUAAUCCCUAGCGUGUCCUACGUUCUCGAGUCGAUCAGCCCCGAUGUCGACACCAAAAAUCAGGAUAACCGUUCUACCUGCGCACCAUCGAGUUGCUGCUAUCCACGCUCAAAAACGUGAAGUAUUAGCCGUAUGUUGAUUUUUUUUUUUUUUUCAAAGAAACAUUCUGCCUUGUGUGCAUGUGCUGAUGGAAUUCCAUUUUUUUGAUUAGUCCUCGCGGGUAUGAUGCGAAUGAGUGCGUUGACGGUUGUGUCCCGUGAUGACCCGGCAGUUACAAAGCAGUCGAGCGCUCCCCUCAGAGUCCACAUCGUUGGAUGCGUCCGGUCGAUGGUUCAUCGGUGCUAUGUCGUCCACCAGGUGGUGUUGUGGGUUUUUUUUUGUCAGUUGUUGAUUUGUUGCAACUGUAAAGAUCCUUGCAGGCGGCUAGAAGAGCUAGCUAGCUAGCCAGCUAGCUUCUGUGGCAAUUGAGAUUAGCAGUUCAAGAUGGGAUGAGUUCCGAAUGAAACGUUUUUGGGCUGCUGCACAUCAAGUGCCGCGGUCAAACCGGGCCUUACGUCAGGCGCUUUGUAUGGUUUGGCAACCUUUUUCACGACUUUUGCAUUUUUUUGUCAUUCAAAAUUUGAGCACUGUCGGAACGUCGCGAUGAGCAGACGCAUUCAGUCGCGCUUAAAAUACAUCUCCGGGUUCUGAGCGAGUGAGAGACAGAUUUGCCGCAGUAGUACAUCAAGACGACUUGACUAUAUUUAAUAUAUUUGAAAUGGGUCGGAGCGAGCCUCUUUUAGAACAUCACACGCUCGCUUUUAUUGUCACCGAUGGCCACCAUUUUCAGUACCCCGCUUCAUCCUUAACUAUUACACUAUGCGUUUAUGGUUUAAUAAAUAGGAUAAAGUACAAUAUAUCAUAUGUGCAGCAUACAGGCUCGUUGUUCCCCGUCCGAUCACUCAACGAGUGACUCGGUUUAUUUUUUUUGCACUGAUCCGGUCCAAUCGGGUUCGCCUGCAUCGCACAGUGUGUGGCAAGCAUUCAAGGUAGUUAUUCACCAGACGUAUAGGGGAAAUAUAUAAUCCAUUCGAUAUCAUAUCGGAAUGAAAGUAUAUAUUUUUCACCACUAUACAUUGAUGCAAUAUUUAAGAUUGUUUUUUUCAUUCUUAUAUAAUGCACUCCGUCGACUUUUGAAAUAUUGCUUGGGGGAGGGGGAAACGCGCAUUAUACAUGAGAAAUUACGGUAACUGCCCCUUACCGCACGUUAAUAAAGAAUCAAUUUUAGUGUAAUAAUAAAAACAACAACAAAAAUUCCAAUGGAAGCAGGUUUCAAACCUUCAAAUGCUCAACUUUCAAUUUUUGUGGUUCUCGUUCCGGCAAAAUGGACUUAUUGUACAGUAAAUGACAAACUAAGUUUUUUAUUUUUUUUAAUGAAAUCCUUGUAAAUUCUCAUUAGCGGCUCCACGCUGAAAAAGUUACAUCAAUAUUUCAAGUAUCACACAAUAAAAAAAUGGAACUGAACACACUCCACAAACAUGGUGGACAUGCUGAAAACCUGAAACUAUAUUUUUCCACAAAAUAUGGAAAUAUUACUACGAUACUGUACUACUUUUAGGGCACGUUAUCAUGAACACUAUUGAAGUUACAUAUUAUGUGAUUCCUCAUGUCAUGACGGACUGAAAUAUUUGAUGAAGUAACCCCAUCAAUGUUUUGUAUGAAAACCUCCAAAAUUGUAGCGAGAACGGUCUCUGCGCCGCCUUGGUGGCUCCUCCACACGCAACGCUAACCUUCCCGCCUCGUGUCUGCGCGCAAGCGUUUUACGGAUCUACUAAUCAAUCACCUGUCCUACCUUAACACGCGUGUUUUCACACACUAUGUGUUUCUGCUGUUACAUCACCAUGGAUAUACCUCAUUAACCAUGUCAAUGUAUUUCUUUGAUGGGUUGAACACGGCGCGAGUGUGUACAAACACUUUCUACUGUCAAAGACGAGCACCGGCUUACUGGAGGGUUUCUACUCUUUUUGUGUACAGAAAUAAAAAGUUUCUAUUUGUC